AUGGAUUGGUCAAAUACAGAACUCUACCAACUUACAACUGCAAUUGGCACAUCGGCAAGCUUUGCUUGGCUUCCAAGUACCCGUCCAUUCUUACAAGCAAGUCGAGGGAAUACUAUGAUGCAAAACAUUUAUCAAAAUCCGACCGGAUUUGCCCAGCAAAAUGCUUUGGACAAAAGAGUGAAGAUCAGUGUGAAAGGCUGGCAAAAUGCAACCAGACAAGACCUUGUGAGCUUUGUGAGCCGCAAGACGAGAAUAGGCAUCGUGGAUUCGACUGUGGAAGGAAAUCUGGUGGUCGGGUUCGUGAAUAGCCAAACCGAGGCCCAAUCGUUACUCAAUUGGAAUGGCGUUCGAUUUGCAGGCAAUGCUUUGAAAUUCGAAAUUUUGGGAAGCGGUACGGGGGAUGCUGGAACAUCGAAGACAAUUGUAUUGCUGAAAUCGUUUCUAUUCAAGCGGUACAGUCCUCAGGCGAAAAUGCUAGACUUGGGUAACCUUCGUAACGACCCAGACCUGGCCACUAACGGAUUAUUUUCCUCACAAACCACCCAGUCCAAGAUUUUUCCGGCGAUGAUGAAACUGGCUUCUAAAGAAUCCCAACUGGUUGUGGAAUCUGUCAACCUCUCCGAUAACGAAUUGAGAGAUUUGAACAUGAUCUCGUGCUUAGCGCAAACGUACCCAAAUCUCAAAAACUUAUGUUUGGCCAACAAUCAAAUAUCGCGUUUCCGCGCUUUGGAAGUAUGGAAAAAUAAGUUUAAGCAUCUGCGGGAACUUCUAAUGAUGAAUAACCCAAUCACCGCUGAGCCUUUGUAUCAAUCAGAAAUUCUCAGGCUUUUCCCAAGACUUGUGAUUCUUGACAACGUGGUGGUGAGAGAUGAAGCGAAACUGCAACAGGUUUUUUCAAUCCCUAUGAAGUUGCAGCAGUUCUUUUUUGAAAACAACGAGCUGGGACAAUCUUCUCUCGAAUUCGUGAGUAAUUUUUUGACGCUGUGGGAUACAAACAGAAGUCAACUCAUGCCCUUGUAUACACCACAAUCCCAGUUUUCUGUAGCGGUUGAUUCCUCAGUCCCAGCUUCGAGCGUGCCCAAUGCAGACCAGAAUCCAACAUUCGGCUAUUACCUUCCGCUAUCACGCAAUUUGACUAAGGUGUCUAGUGAGAGAACCAAACAACAAAGGCUUGCUAUGGGCCAAGAAGACAUCGACAAGAUCUUCAAGUCUAUUCCAAAAACCAAACAUUUUCUUCAGGAGCAGGCAUCAAGCUACUCUCUUGAGGCUUUUUCAUAUGCGCAAGUUCAAGGUUUCACAAUUACACUGCACGGUUACUUUGACGAAGUAGCUCACCCUGACGUCGAUGCCAACAAAUCCACAUCUAACUCGGCUGGUGGUCGUAAUCGGCGUUUUAAUCACGGCCAUGCCAACACAACCAACAAAUUGACCAGAAAAUCAUUUGAUAGAACGUGGGUCAUAGUACCUUCGCAAGGCACCGUCAUCAUCGCAUCCGAUCUUUUGAACAUCAGAUCGUAUGUCGAUGGCUCCUGGAUCCCUCAGCAGCAAGUUCAGGAACCACUGGUCCAGGGACAAUCGCCAGCUCCUCCAUUAGGACCACAGCCCGUUCAACCCAUGCCGCCGGCUCCACUGCAACCGGUUGUUCCCGGUGCCCCGGCUACCGCAAUGCCCGCAGCUCCUUUAACGUUGCCGGCUGAAGUUCAGGCUAAGCUCAAUCCUAUUCAACUCGAUCUGCUCAACAGACUACAUCAACAGACAAAACUUAAUGCGGAAUUCACCUACAUGCUUGCAGAUCAAAGUGGCUGGAACUUUGAUGUGGCCAUGAAGGGAUUUCAAGAAAGUGUAAAUAACAUACCUCGAGAGGCUUUUGUUUGA